AUGAGCACAAGGAAGGGCUUCCCCCUGCCACUGGGGCAAGGAGAGCAGGAGGAAAAGCAGAGUGACGGUUCUCCUGACCUGGAGCGACAGGAGUGUGAGAUGGAGCUGAGGAACAAAGCUAUUCUGCAACAAAAGAGGCGCCUCAAACAGGCCACCCAGUUUGUGCACAAGGACUCUGCUGAUCUGCUGCCCCUGGAUGGCUUGACAAGACUUGGCACCUCCAAGGAUCUGCAGCCUCAUAGUGUGGUCCAGCGGCGCCUCUUGGAAGGCAACCUGAACAAGCUGCGGGGCGAGGCCAAGGGUCAGUCUGCACGGGUUCAAUCUCCGCUGGCAAAAGACCAGGAUGAAAAGAUGGAAAAGGGAGAGGACAGGAGAAAAGAGACUUCACCCCUGCUAAUACAGUGCCAGUGUCAAGGUCAGGUAUUGAAAGCGACUGUUAACACUGGGUGUCUACCAAACCUCAUCUCCAAAAGGUGUUUCAACCAGCUGGGGCUGGAAGAAGUGUCUGCCAUGGACUGUGGAGAGCUCUCUCUUCCCAUCCCCAGUGUUGUUGGCCGAGUAGAACAUAUGGAAUUGCAAUUUGGCCAGGAGACAGUGUUGUGCUCAGCACUGGUUGUAGAUGAUGAAAUGCUGGAAUUUUGCAUUGGCCUCCAGACUCUGUUGUCUCUCAAGUGUUGCAUCGACUUGGAGGAAGGAGUCCUGAAAUUUAAAGCACUGAGUCAGGAGUUGCCUUUUCUACAUGCCUCUGAAGAGCCUGGUCAGUGA